AUGCAUUCGUUUCUCUCUCUAAAUCUCAAAACUCUCCUCAUUUCAUACAGGUAAUUUCCGAUCACUGAUUUACCGCCUUACGUCGUCGUUUUAUUAGAACGUGAACAAAAAGUUAGGGUUUCAUUUUAUAUCGGAUAAGAACAUUCCAGUAACUACACAUACAAGGUAAUCUCCGAUCACUGAAUCACCGUCGUACGUCGUCGUUUCGUUGAAACGUGAACGGAAAAUUAGUGUUUCAUUUCACGUGAAUCGGACGAGAACUGACAUGGUUGCACCUGUGGCGGAUCGAACGCCGGCAAUGAUGAUUCCGGCGACGGCGGUACAGCCGGCGGCGGUGAUGCCGGAGGCGUACGCGAAGGACGCGAUAAUCUCGUGGUUUCGUGGCGAGUUUGCGGCGGCGAACGCGAUAAUCGAUGCGUUGUGUGGACAUUUGUCGCAGUUAGAAGGCGGAAGGUGUGAAUAUGAGGCGGUGUUUGCGGCGAUUCAUCGGCGCCGGUUGAAUUGGAUCCCGAUUCUUCAGAUGCAGAAGUUUUUUUCGAUUGCGGAUGUGACGGUGGAGCUGGAGAAGGUAGCGGAGAAGGUGAAGGUUCCGGUGGUGGAGAUGAAGCGUGAGAUUGUGGUGGAGGAACCGGUGGAAAUUAUGGAUGUUAAUGGUGGUGGUGAGGUGGUUGAUGACGAUUUGUUCAAGGAUUAUUCGCCGAAAAGCGGGAUUACAGAUGCAGGAUCUCAAGAAGUGAAUUCGGCAGCAGAAAGCAUUGAAGUAUGCUCAAACCAAGAAGAUUGGGAAGCGCGCCGGGCUGAAAUGAAGCUAACGAAAGGGUUUGCAGCCAAGGAGUCUGUAAAAGGACAUAUGGUGAAUGUGGUGAGAGGGUUGAAGUUGUACGAGGACAUACUUAACGCGACAGAGCUAUCUAAGCUGACCGACUAUGUAACUGAACUCAGAAUUGCUGGCCAAAAUGGUGAACUCUCAGGUGAGACUUUUAUCAUGUACAACCAGCAGUCAAAGGCAAUCAAGAGAGAACUUAUUCAGUUUGGAGCUCCUAUUUUUGGACAGAUUAAAGAUGAUCAAGCUAGCAAUAUCGACCCGAUUCCUGCUCCUCUUGAAGCUAUCAUUGACCAUCUAAUUCAGCUUCACUUAAUUUCUGAAAACAGAAGACCCAACAGCUGCAUCAUAAACUUUUUUGAUGAGGGAGAAUUUUCACAGCCUUUCUUGAAACCACCACAUCUAGAGCAACCUAUCUCAACAAUUGUUUUAUCCGAAUCUACAAUGGCUUUCGGGCGUAGUCUAGUCUGUGAUAAUGAAGGCAACUAUAAAGGACCCCUCAUGCUUUCUCUUAAGGAAGGGUCACUCUUAGUGAUGAGGGGAAACAGUGCGGACAUGGCACGCCACGCCAUGUCCCAGUCUCCAACUAAGCGAAUCAGCAUUACAUUUUUCAAAGUCCGAAUAGACAAAAGCCCACCCUCAAAAGAUCCCAUGGCCGGAGCCAUGACCGUAUGGCAGCCAAGCCUUCCAACGGGCGAUUUGGUCCACGUUCUUCCCAAAUGGGGUGCCAUUCGAGCCCCACAACUUCUUAUGUUAGCACCGGUCCCUCCCAUGGUUAUGAGCCCAAGAAGGCUACCACGUGGAGGGACUGGUGUUUUCUUACCAUGGAACAAUGGGUCUAAAAAACAAACUAAACAUCUACCUCCCCGUGCUCAAAGGGGGCGUCUUCUAGCAUUGUCUGCACCCACUGAACCACACAAAAUAAACAAAACCCCUGAUUCUGUCAUUAGCGUUGCUUGAGAAAUGUGGGGCUGUGAAAGGGGCGGGUGUUGUCAUUUGUGUGGCGUUUGAAACAUGAGUUAUCUUUUGUCUAGAGGGAAUCUAAUAGGUUUUAGUAUUGAUGAUUAGACUACAUGUGUCGAUGCCAAUGUUAGUCGCCAUGAGUAUCACAAAUAGUUAAAAUCUUUUAUUGAAGAAAAGUGUGAAUUAUUAUCUUUAUUACCAUUAUUUUUCGCUUUUACAUAUUUA